UUUGCAAAGCACCCACACAGCCAGGCCCCAACUCAGCCUGGUUGAUCCAUACGGGCCAGGCUAGGCGGAGCCGAGCAACCAAAUGCACCCGGCCGACCAGCCUACUCACGCGCCACGCUCCAAAUUGGAACCCAUGCCCACGAUCCAAACGGAGAUCAUCAGAUAAAGAGAGCGCGAGAUGCCGAGGUGCCGGCGAUAGACACGAGGAGGAGGUCGAGGCGGGGCGGGCAAACCCAUGCACGCUGCUUGCCUCCCUCGUUGGCAUCGUUUGUCCCCAUCGCUGCAGCUCCAACGGCCGGCCGGGUCGUGUUUACUACGCUCGUCUUCUCCGUUCUGCGCUUGCAGCGUCGUCUCACACUCUCACUCCGCGCCUCUCUCGAGAGUCUGGCUCACCUCCUCGGCUCCUCCGUCACCUUCGAUUCCCCGCCAGAGGCUCGGGCGGAAUGGAGCUGAAGCCCGACUUGUCGGCCCUCGUCACCGGCGGCGCCUCCGGCAUCGGGAAAGCGCUCUGCUUCGCUCUUGCACGGAAGGGUCUAUUUGUGACUGUUAUCGAUUUCUCUGAAGAAAAUGGGAGAGAAGUUGCUUCAUUAGUUCAAAAGGAAAACAAACAUAAUGGAGAUACUAGAGUUCUCUCUGCCAUAUUCAUCAAGUGUGAUGUUACCAAUGGAGAUGCUCUUGCUGCUGCUUUUCGGAAACAUGUGGACACGUUUGGUGGACUAGAUAUCUGCAUCAACUGUGCUGGAUUUGUCAAUAAAUCAUUAGUUUAUGAUGAUAGAUCUGAUGGAACUUCCACUUGGAGGCAUGCUGUAAAUGUGAAUCUUGUUGCUGUUAUUGAUGGUACUCGCAUUGCAACUCAAGUAAUGCAAUCCCAGAAGAAGCCUGGUGUCAUAAUAAAUAUUGGUUCAGUUGCUGGCCUAUAUCCUAUGAGCUAUGAACCUGUGUAUAGUGGGACAAAAGGUGGUGUAGUUAUGUUUACAAGAUCACUUGCUCCAUUGAAGCGGCAUGGCAUUCGUGUCAAUGUACUAUGUCCUGAGUUUGUCCAAACUAAUAUGGGAGAACAAGUAAAUCGUAUACUAGUGGAUGCACUUGGUGGGUUUUUGGAGGUGAAGGAUGUUGUCAAUGGUGCAUUUGAGCUUAUAGAAGAUGAGAGCAAGGCUGGUGCUUGCCUUUGGAUAUCUAAACGAAAAGGGAUGGUUUACUGGCCAACAUCAGAAGAAGAAAAAAAUUACCUGGUUUAUUCCUCGAAAUCAAAACGGAAAUUAGCAAAGAAUAGAUUUCCUAGCAUCCAAAUACCUGAAUUCUUUGAGAAGAUGGUUGUUCGCACACUCAGCCAUAAUUUCCGCAAUGCUACAAGACUUGAGCAUGUGCGCCUGAGAUUUCCCAUCGAACCGCACAACUCUCUAGUUAAAAUAAUAUAUGCUGGUGUCAAUGCUAGUGAUGUGAACUUCAGUUCUGGACGUUAUUUCAGUGGCAAUGCUAAAGAAGCUGCUGCACACCUUCCAUUUGAUGCUGGUUUUGAGGCUGUGGGAAUUGUUGCUUCUGUUGGAGAUUCGGUGGAACAUAUCAAAGUUGGCUCUCCUGUGGCCCUUAUGACUUUUGGGAGCUAUGCUGAAUUCAUGCUGGUUCCAGCCAAGCGUCUUCUUCCAGUGCCAAGACCAGACCCAGAGGUGGUUGCUAUGCUAACAUCAGGAUUGACUGCUUCAAUCGCUCUUGAAAAGGCUGGCCAAAUGACGUCUGGGCAGGUUGUUUUAGUCACAGCUGCUGCUGGUGGAACAGGACAAUUUGCUGUUCAGCUUGCGAAAUUAGCAGGCAACAAGGUUGUUGCCACAUGUGGAGGUGAAAGUAAAUCUGCGCUUCUGACUUCCUUAGGAGUUGAUCGAGUUAUCAACUACAGGAAUGAAAAGAUCAAAGAUAUUCUGAAGAAAGAGUUUCCAAGAGGUGUGGAUAUCAUAUAUGAAUCUGUGGGUGGAAAAAUGUUUGAUUUGUGUUUGAAUGCCCUAGCAGUCCACGGGCGUCUCAUUGUAAUUGGUAUGAUCUCUCAGUAUCAAGGACAGGAUGGAUGGAAGCCACAGAAUUACACCGGAUUAUGCGAGAAGAUUCUUUCGAAAAGCCAAACUGUGGCUGGAUUUUUCCUUAUUCAAUACGCUCACCUGUGGCAAGAUCAUCUUGAGAAACUUUUCGACCUGUAUGCCUCUGGAAAGCUAAAGGUUUCCCUUGACCCCAAGAAAUUCUUGGGCGUUGCUUCCGUGGCAGAUGCAGUAGAACAUCUUCACUCUGGCAGGAGUGUUGGCAAGGUCGUUGUUUCCAUCGAUCCAUCAUACAGUGAGACCCUUGCUAAGCUAUAGUGUGUACUGUGUAAACAUAUGAGCUGCAUCAUCUUCAGAAAAUUUGUUGUCUGUCUGGAUGAACCAUACAAACGGCUACAAUAUUUCCUCGGCACUGAUGCAGAGUUAUGUCAUGUGUUAGUACAUAGCUCGCUUGUCCAAUUAGUUGGCAAGGGACGAGGAGUGUAUGGAAGGGAGAACAUUGACCAGGCAAUUGAAUAAGCUUCUAGGCCGGGAGACUAUUUAAAUUGUUGGUAUAUAGUAUAGUAUACGUAAUGAUCUGAUUAUUAUGAUAGGCUAAGAUUAGUCUUCAUUUUAUCUCUAGAGUCGCUUAAUAUUCAAGUCAUAUGUACUUUACAUAUUCCGUCAUUGAGA